AGACGCUUCCUGUUUGAGAAAGUGAACCGCCUAUUUCUUCUUCCAAAUUAUCUAAACUUUUCUUGUUCAUAAUAUCGCUCUAAGGAAAGAUGGGUUCUACAACGAUCCAUGUUGGUCUCAAUGAGGAUGGCAAGGCUGGUUCAAGAAUCUCGCGUCCCCCCGGCGGCGCGUCAAGUAACAUCUUCGGUGGACCGGACGUGGACGAUGCACCGAGGAGGGUGAAGAAUUACCAGAAGUCGGACAUCUUUGGUACAGACAGCGUUGCCGCCAACAACAACACGGCAAAGCCAAGGAACAUUGGCGGACCGCGAGGCUCCUCUAACAUCUUCGGUGAUGCGCCGGACUACGGCCACAAAGAGGACAAGCCGGCGGCGGAGGAGAGCCAACAGGAUGAGAAGGCUGCCGCAGAGGAGAAGCCCUGCGAGGUUGCCACGCCAACCGAGGAAGCUCCUACAAAACGCGCUGACUCGGCUACUGACACGGCCUCCACUCCCGAACAAGAGGUCGAAAGCGCGGCCGCCAACGACGCAGCCCCUCCCACUGACGAGGCCCCACCCUCUGACAGCGCGGCGGUCGCAGAGUGCGAGGCCACGCCCGCUGUUGCAGAGCCGGUGGCGGCCUCGCCGGUGGACGCGCGGCAGGGUGCGGGUGACCCUCCACCGCCAACCAGCAUCGUCAAGCAGUACGCUAAUCGUAUGAGAGGUUCUUGGCUUCAGGAAGAUAUAUCAAUUUUGGGUAAUGACCAAGUGUCCGGUGAAGGUGACACAACCUAUCACGGGCGAGGACUAUGCAGCAAGCACCAGGCGUCGGCCGCAGCAGCACAAAGGUUUACGGCUCCCCUGGUGGCAGGUCAACAGGAACUGUGGUAG